AUGCCAAAGCUGUCGGCAGUUUUGCCGGAGGCAUAUUACCUAAGUGGUGGGGCAUCCACUGGCGAAGCUGAAGUGGUCACGUGCAUCCAGAUCCUGCUACGCGUUUGCGACGCGUCUCCCAAGCAGAUGCAUCACGUCGAGAUCUCUGGCUUGCAACUCUGGCAGACUUCCACCACUUCGCAUCCCCGCACAUCCCUCAUUAGCCUUCCCCGCACCACAGCCAACAUGUCUGACUUCGAAGAUGAGAUGGAUGUCGAUGUUCCUGUGUCUAAGGACAUUACCUUUUCCUCGGACACCAAGCAGGGCAAGCGCAGCGCCGCCAACCUCCCCGUCGAAGCUGAAGACAGUCUGCCAUGGGUUGAAAAGUACCGCCCAGUGAGCCUAAACGACGUUUCCGGCCACCAGGAUAUCCUCACCACGAUUAACAAGUUUGUCGACUCAAACCGCCUCCCCCACCUCCUCCUCUACGGGCCUCCGGGAACCGGCAAGACCUCGACGAUUCUUGCUCUGGCUCGACGCAUCUACGGCACCGAGAACAUGCGGCAGAUGGUCCUCGAACUCAACGCCUCAGACGAUCGCGGAAUCGACGUCGUCCGCGAGCAGAUCAAGACCUUUGCCUCGACAAAACAAAUCUUUACCCUCGGGCCCUCGACCAAGUCGGGUAGCGGCGGCGGAAUGGCGUCGUACAAGCUCAUCAUCCUCGACGAGGCCGAUGCCAUGACGAAUACGGCCCAGAUGGCGCUGCGCCGCAUCAUGGAGAAGUACACCGUCAACACGCGCUUCUGCAUUAUUGCAAACUACUCGCACAAACUCUCACCAGCAUUGCUAUCAAGAUGCACAAGGUUCCGAUUCAGUCCAUUGAAGGAGCGUGAUAUUAGAGUCUUGGUGGACAAGGUCAUCGAGGAGGAGCAUGUCAAGAUCAUUCCUGACGCGACGGACGCAUUGGUGAAGCUUAGCAAGGGCGACAUGAGACGAGCGCUCAACGUACUCCAGGCAUGUCACGCCUCAAGUACACCGCUGCAACCCAAGAACGCACCCAAGGUGGCCGAGGCCGACAUUGUGAGGGAGACCAUCUCCACCGAGACCAUAUACAACUGCAUUGCCGCCCCUCAGCCUGACGCAGUGCAGGAGAUUCUGGACGUUCUCCUGAGCACAACGGACGUGACAUCUUGCCUGAACACGAUCAACACAUUAAAGGUGUCACGGGGUCUCGCCCUCGCAGACAUUAUUACGGCUUUGGCAGAGCAGCUGGCGACGCUCGAGGUCAAGCCGGAGAUUAUGAUCAAAUGGCUUGAUGGACUAGCAGACAUUGAGCACAGGGUAGCCGGCGGCGGCAGCGAGACAGUGCAGACGGGAGCCGUGGUGGGCGUCAUCCGGAGCGGAGCCGAAUUAAUGAGCAAAUAA